AUGGCUAUUGGCUGUAACGCACCCAUGAUCCAGAAGGAGUGCCGUAGAUGUAAAAUAAGGGCUACCAUAAAUGCAGAACAGGAACCUCUAACUGCUUCAUCCAAGAUGAUGGGCUUCUCCACUGGCUCUUUGGUUGAGGUUGGUGCGGCCGCACAGCUCUCCCCAGCCUCGGGGGCCGAGGGCAGCUUCCAGGUCCGCGGCAGGGGCGGGGCAGGCCUCCGCGGGGCCGUACCUGGGUUGGGCGGUGCGGCGGCCACGAUAGCGGGCGCGGAGCGCGGGCGCAGGGCCGCUACGUGUACGGGGAACGCGGGGCUGCGCUCGUGUGCGCUCCUCGGCGCUCGCCGCCGCCGCCGCUGCCGCGCCUUUGAGUCAGCAAACUCCGCCACCCGCUGGCCCGCUGGCCCUGCUCUGCCUGGCUCUGCCUGGAGGUGCCGCCCGUGCCUCUCUCUGCGGGGGGGGGAAGAUGCUUGGGUCUCCUGGGGUUGGAGCCGGGCGUUGCCUCUUUUCCUGCCGGGGAAGAGGAAUCGGUCGGCUGGUUUGCCAGGGGAGGGCACGGAUCGGAUCGAUCCUGCUAAAAAGGCACCCCGGGGAGAAGGUGGGGCAGAGGUGGAAUCCCGGACGCCGGCGGAGGGGGGCGCGGGGCGCGGGAAAUGUGCUGAGACACCUUACACCAGGCCGGGUUGGGUGAUAUUAAUGGACUGCUUUGGAUGUGCCAGGCACUUAAGUUAUACUGCAAAGCCUAAGCUACCCUAAAGGAGCUUAGCAUCUAGUGAAGGAGGCCUGCAGGAAUUUGUAAGUGUCUGGGUUCGAGAUCCUAGGAUUCAGAAGGAGGACUUCUGGCACUCUUAUAUCGACUAUGAGAUAUGUAUUCAUACCAAUAGCAUGUGUUUUACAAUGAAAACAUCCUGUGUGAGAAGAAGGUAUAGAGAAUUUGUGUGGCUGAGGCAGAGACUCCAAAGUAAUGCAUUACUGGUACAACUGCCAGAACUUCCGUCUAAAAACCUAUUUUUCAACAUGAACAAUCGCCAGCAUGUAGAUCAGCGCCGUCAGGGUUUAGAAGAUUUCCUCAGAAAGGUUCUACAGAAUGCACUUCUGCUUUCAGAUAGCAGCCUUCACCUCUUCCUGCAAAGUCAUCUGAAUUCAGAAGACAUCGAGGCAUGUGUUUCUGGGCAGACUAAGUACUCUGUAGAAGAAGCAAUUCACAAGUUUGCCUUGAUGAACAGACGUUUCCCUGAAGAAGAGGAAGGAAAAAAAGAAAACGAUAUAGAUUAUGAUUCAGAAAGUUCAUCCUCUGGGUUUGGACAUAGUAGUGAUGACAGCAGUUCGCACGGAUGUAAAAUGAGCACAGCUCCACAGGAAUCCUGAAAAAUAA